AUGUCCCCACCUGCAACGUCCGACAAGAAGCAAAGCGGUUUGGCCAGAGUACUCGGCUCGGCCUCCGCCGGUAUCUGUGAAAUUGGUGUUUUCCACCCAGUCGACACCAUCUCCAAGAGACUUAUGUCCAACCAGACCAAGAUCACUUCUGCAUCUCAAUUAAACUCUGUCAUCUUCAGAGAGCAUGCUAGCAAGGCUCUUGGAUCCAGACUUUUCACCUUGUUCCCAGGUUUGGGUUACGCUGCUGUUUACAAGAUCAUGCAGAGAGUUUACAAGUACGGUGGCCAGCCAUUUGCCAAUGAGUUCUUGACCAAGAACUUCAGAGACUCUUACGACUCCUUGUUUGGUCCAAAGACCGGUAAGGCUUUGUUGUCUGCCACUGCUGGUUCUUUGAUUGGUAUUGGUGAGGUUGUGUUGUUGCCAUUGGAUGUGUUGAAGAUUAAGAGACAGACAAAUCCUGAAUCGUUCAAGGGCAGAGGUUUCAUUAAGAUUAUUACCGACGAAGGUUUCGGUUUGUACAGAGGUUGGGGCUGGACUGCUGCCAGAAACGCUCCUGGUUCGUUCGCUUUGUUCGGUGGUAACUCUUUCGCCAAGGAGUACAUCUUCGGCUUGAAGGACUACUCUUCUGCUACCUGGACCCAGAACUUUGUCACCUCCAUCUUUGGUGCUUCUGCUUCUUUGAUUGUGUCUGCUCCAUUGGAUGUCAUCAAGACCAGAAUCCAGAACAGAAACUUCGAGAACCCAGAAGGCGGUUUCACUAUUUUGAAGAAGAUGGUCAAGAACGAAGGUAUCACCUCUUUCUUUAAGGGUUUGACUCCUAAGUUGUUGACUACUGGUCCUAAGUUGGUCUUCUCCUUUGCCUUGGCUCAGUCCUUGAUUCCAGCUUUCGACAAGCUUUUGAAAUAG